AUGGGUAUCCCACAGUGGAGCGAGCAAGACGAGCGCCAGGCGCGCAUGCAGGAUGCCGGUCUUUACAUCGACUGGCCCAACCCGUACAACCUCGAACCGGGGCUGUACAUCAUCGUCCACAUGGGGUAUACCACCCAGCCCGGCGAAAUGAUGGAUGUCAUUGAUGACGCCUACAGCACUGUCACAGCGCAUCUCGAAUCACAACAAUUCCGCAACCCGCGGCACCCCAUUCCAGGGCGCAAGAGCCUUUUCAUACACUAUGAGCUGAUCAACCAGGAUGACGGCACGACAAACCCCUUCCCGACGGAGGUAGAGCUCUUUGAAGAGGUCCAACGUCACCUCAUGCACAUGUUUGAUCAGCUUGAGUUCGGGGAAAGUUCGAUCUCCCGUAUAAACUUGGUCCGGUGCUGGGAGCAAGAGCUUCCCACUGUCACUGUUGAAGUGUUCGAAGAGACAGACUCUGACUCGCAGGAGGCUGAGCUCCCCACUGUCACUGUUGAAGUGUACGAGGAGGCAGACUCUGACUCGCAGGAGGCGCAAGAUGACGAUAAGCUACCUGAAUCUGCUCAGCAAUGA